UGGCAGCACAAACGCUCGGCAAGCAAUUCGGUGAUCCAUCAAAAUGCGCUCACCCGUCUAAUACGUCGAAAUACGACGAUCUUCUACCGAUUAAUUGUAGGAUUAAAGGUGUGUAGCCGCCGCCAGCAGGGGUCGUCGUACCGCAUCGUCAAUGGGACGUACGCAGUCAUCGACGAUUACCCGUUUCUGGUGUCGGUUCAGCGAUGGAGUAAAAACGAAGGCUCGCACAUCUGCGGUGGAACGUUCGUGAGCGAUCAGUGGAUACUGACCGCAGGGCAUUGCGUUGACGACCCCGAGUUCCGCCAAGGUGGCAUCGUGCGGGUAGAGUCAUCCUUCCACGCUUCCGGUGGCAUCUUUCUCCCGAUCGAGCGUACGGUACUGCACGACAGCUUUGACUACGGUAGCCCAGGGAUAGAUUACGAUUAUGGGUUGAUUAAGUUGGUGGCACGAUUCGAACGAGCCGUACCAGUGCGUCUGGUGGCGCCCUACAGACGCUUUCCGCCGGGUGAACUCUGCACGGUCGUUGGCUGGGGCAUGACGAAGAAAACGGGCGACCGGGAGCAGCUCCGUAUGGUGCGGCUGCCGAUUGUGCGGCAGGAGGUGUGCAAGGAGAUUUAUGAGGGCUGGGAGACAAUCACGAGACGCAUGAUCUGUGCCGGGUAUGCGGCCGGUGGUCAAGAUGCUUGCGAGGGCGAUUCUGGCGGACCGUUGCUGUGCCGUGGCAUCCAGGCUGGGAUUACCUCGUGGGGUGUGGGCUGUGCCAAAGCGAACCGGUACGGAUUUUACGCAAAUGUUGCGAAUCAGCGCGACUGGAUACGGAAGCACGCGGGAGUUGAAGUAAGCGCAAAGCAAAAAAUGAGCUUUCGCAUUGUCAAUGGAACGGAAGCAACCAUAGUGUCCUACCCGUACGUGGUGUCGAUUCAGCGAUGGACGCCAAGGGUGAAGCAACACAUCUGCGGUGGCACACUGAUCAGCGAAAGUUGGAUUCUAACGGCGGCUCACUGUGCAGAGUAAAGCGCUCCCUGGUGUUUCAAGAUCUCCCCGACGACGGUAAUGGUGCGCGCCAACUCGUCGUUUUUUAACCGCGGCGGCAAGCUGCAUCGGGUCGAGAAGGUGAUCAAGCACGAGCGGUUUUCAUACGCCACCGGGGACUACGAUUUUGGGCUGCUGAAGCUAAAGCAACGCUAUCGGCGUGGAACGUUCGUUAAGUUGCCGGAGCGGCGUAGACGCUUUCCACCGGCCGAACGGUGCACGGCGAUGGGCUGGGGUGAAACGUUGGGCCGCGAGUCGAGGGAGCAGCUGCGGGAGGUUGUGAUGCCGAUCGUGUCGCAGGCGGUGUGCCGAAAGGCGUACGAAGGGACGGACGAGAUUACGGCGCGGAUGCUGUGCGCGGGCUACCCGGAAGGGAUGCGCGAUGCGUGUGAUGGAGAUUCUGGAGGACCGCUGAUUUGCCGGGGCAUACAAGCGGGAGUCAUUUCGUGGGCGAUUGGAUGCGCGCAGCCGAACAAAUACGGCGUUUACAGCAGCAUUGCCGAGGGCCGUGAGUGGAUUCGGAACCAUACUGGUGUUUAA